UCAAAAUUGAAACCUACGUUUUUUCUCGAUGGCUUCUUGACUUAGAACUCUACUUAAAAUAUAGUUUCUUUGUGAGAAUUGGUUAAAAAAGUGAAAUAAAUUCAGCCGCUUCAUCGUUAAAGUUAAAUAAAACAGCGACAUUUCAAUAUUUAAGGUUAGAUUCCAUUUUUGACAUUUGACAAUACAUGCGGUAAUCAAAAACGAUUAGGAACUAACUUCCGACUAAUAUGAUUUCCUAGCAACCAUCAAAUUGACAUAACCACACUUUUUUUUUAUUUUCUUUUCAAAAUUAAAAUGUCUUCUACACCAACAAAAUCGCCAAGUAAGGCUGUACAAUCACCUUUGUAUUCCCCUUUAAUACUUCAACAAAGUCCAGCUGCUUUAGCUGGUCAAAGAAAUUUGACAGGACUUCCUAGAGUUACAAGAGAUGUUAUAGCAGACUUUUACAAUAAUAUACAAAAAUGGAACGAAACUCACGUAAAUGGAGCGCUUUUAGUGAAACAAAUAGCUUUAAUAAAAAGUGAUAGUAAAGAGGAGUUUCCGAAAGGUUUAGAUAAGCUUAUGGAUGACUUGGGAGAAACUUAUCGUCGCUUAGAAGUGUAUGCGCAGUCCUUAAAUUUUCUUUCUAAUCAAUUGGCUUCCAUGGGGAAAUUACAACAUCAAGAGGAACCCUUAUUUUUUUCAUUAACCUGUAGACAAAUCUCUGAGAUUGUUUCUGAAAUAGCAAAAGCUUAUAAUUCAGAACUUUAUAGAAAAGAAUAUGUUUUAAGCAAUAUUGCUUAUUCAAAAAAUAGAUAUGAAGCUCUAUUUCACGCAGCUUGUUGGGUUCAUCAGCAAUAUGUAAGUAAUGAUAUCAGGAUGAAAUUGGAGGCUUUACUUGUAGAAACUGGUCAUAAAAAAAUGUAAUUAAAAAACUUUAUUGUACAAAAAUACAAGUUUUGUUACAAAAUAAAUAAAAAUGAU